AAAUUUAAGGAAAACUUGCAGAGCAUCCUUUAUGAGUUAUUCAGUAUUUUACGUUGUCGGCGUUCACUUCAGUACAGAAGAUUGCACUCGCUCCAUCUGACCAUAAAACGACUAUUUUGAGAACUGCUUGACAGAUUGUAGGCACGUCAAUAGUCAGUAUCAGUAAUCAAGAACUACCACUACGGGUAAAGGUUGAAACUCGCAAUUUGUUGAAACUCGCAAUUUAUGAUGACCUUUCCGACGCCCAACAAACAUUGUGCAACCGUUCUUCCUCCAACAAGUCUCUCCUACUUCACAACAUUAUUUUCAUUUUUUUUAGUUCUCGUUACUGUUCCAGGAAACUGCCUUGUCUGUUCAGCCAUCAUCAAGGAUCCCUUUCGAAACUUGAAAACGCCAUUCAAUUAUUUCAUGUUGAGUUUGGCUGCAACAGACCUAGCGGUGGGAGCAAUCCUGGACCCGAUUGCAGUCGCGUAUCAUAUCGACGAAGCACUUCAGCUAAAUGUUGUGGACAUCAAAAUUCUACAUAUUUUUUAUUUCACUUUGAGCACAGCAUCUAUUCUAACACUCGCUGCGUUGACAAUGGAUAGAUACUUCGCGGUAGCUUCACCAGUAAAGUAUAAAACGAUGGUCACAUCAAAACGUGCCAUUCUGGCAUUUGUAUCAAUUUGGAUCGGAGCGCUGGGCUUGUCCUUCUUUUACUUUAAACUCGGUGUUAUCGUCUACUCCUUCAUUUUCGCUAACACUGCCGUGUUUACCACAUUUUUGGUUCUCAUAUUUGUUCACGUAGGCAUUCUUAAACGCCUCCGUGAGCGAUCGAAAUACUGGCGAGAUCAAAAAGCAAUGAACUAUGCCGAGCCCGAACAACAGGAGAACCGAAACAACACUAUUUACACCAAGAAGGAAGACAAGGCAGCCAAGGCAUUGAUGAUUAUUCUUCUCGCCUUCUUCUCUUCGUUCACGCCUGCCUGUGUUAUGAUCUACUUGUUAAAUUUCUGUUCAAAGUGCAGCUGUUUGGUGGUCCACUGGUUACGAGAUUUACAGUUUUUGAUCGUGUUGUGUAACUCGGGUAUUAACCCGUAUCUGUACGCGUGGAGGCUCCCUCGAUUCAAAAGAGCCUUUUACAAAUUUCUUCACAUAAAAUCUCGAGGCCAAGUAAAUAACGUCACCAUAGCAUCAACACUUAGCGUGGGUAAGACUGAAAACUAAGACCAUGAAAAUUGUGCCCGCCAUGAAGGUGAAAAGAUAUCCAGCGCUGGUUAAGGGCUUCUGAUAAGAACUGUCAAGAUCGUGAAACUCUUAUCGGCUUAUCUUUUCUGGGAAACUCACAUUUUUUGAUGAAAAUGUGUCUUGCGCUCCAAAUUCGGUUGAGACUGAGUUGACUAUAAUCAUCCCAAAUCCGACACGCAAGUGGAAUAAUUGCUUUAUGAAAAACGCC